AUGGAAAUAAUGUUAAAGCUGCUGGUGGUACUUACAACAUCAACAUGCUUAUUUUCGACUGUUAAUUCCGGAGUACCAAUCGCUACUGGCGGUCCAUCGCUAAUCUACGAAGGUAAAGACGCGCUGCUCACAUGUGUUGUAUCAGAGAACCGAGCCAAUCACACAGUGAUAUGGAAGAAAUCCGACGAAAUACUCACAGCCGGUAUGGUGAGAGUGACGAGCGACACACGCAUCAGCGUGUUGCAUGAUGAGAGUGAGUGGAAAAGGGAUCCCAAAGGUCUUGAGUCUGGUGGGGAGGUAUGGGUGUUGCUUGUCAAGCGACUUACCACCGAGGACUCGGGCAGUUAUAUUUGCGAGCUAAAUUCAGAACCGGUCUUGCGUAGUAUACACAUACUAAACGUCAAGCAGGUACCCUCUAAUGGCGGCAACAUCACUACCACAACAGAGUCGAGUGAUGUGUACCUCGUGCCGCCACCGUUCGAUGCCACCGACAAUCGCUCGUUUUGGCGCGCGCACACAGUCGCGCCACAGAUCACCCACGACUUCACUGAGUGCUGUGAGCGCGCCAAUAUCAGCGCCGAAUGCAUGGGCUUCUGCAAUGUGCACAACAUCAUAGACGGCACGACAGGCAUCGAGCCGGAGGCCUGUGAGAAGGACUUCCCUAACAUCGUACGCUGCAUGGCCGAUGGUCGCAAUCACGUGCCUUGCUGUGUAGAUAAACAAAUACCUGAUCUGUGUCAAGAUAUGUGUCGCGGUGAGUAUACACCUUUCACGGAUUUGCUGAAGACGCGCGUCUCCUGUGUGCACCACACGCUAAGCGGCCUUCAGUGCAUACUACAGGGUGUGCAGAAUAUACCCAGCACACCAACGGGCGUCACAGUCGAUCAUGUCUCAGAGACGCGUGUCACCGUGCAUUGGUACGAACCGGAAAAGUUGGCGCAUAAGGUUAAAUUUUACAGUGUCAAUCUAACAGCGCUGCAUAGCUUCGAUGAGGACGAAGUGUCCAAUGUGUAUGCAUGGAAGAAGCGCCCAAUCGAACAGACUAUCAUACGCACCGUGCCCGUGAAUCUGACCUCACUCAGCUUGCAGGAUCUCACGCCGCUCACAAUGUACGCAAUCGUGGUGACGGCGCACAACGAAUAUGGCUCGAGUUUGCCCAGCGAACGUUUGCGUGUUUUCACGCACACAAGUGAGAUACUCACACCCAUGCCUAGUGAUGAUGCAGAAGCAUCGGCUUCGGUGGAAUCUGUCAUGCCAGACUUACCCAAUAUACGCAGUUGUUGUGAGACAAAUGGCAUGACGCAUCGGAUGUGUCUGGAUAAAAUGUGCGAUCCACAGAAGACCGAUCUCGCUACGCUACCCGACUUUAUGGUUUGCGCGCCUUGGUCCAACAUCACUUUCACUUGUCUGGCCAAUAAGAUGGAUCACACACCCUGUUGUCGAGCGCGUGGCAUACCGGCGGUCUGCUUUCCGCUUUGCUCGGGCAAGAUCUCAACGUUGGACUUUAGUCUUUUCAAGUGCCUGCGGUUCAUGUCCGAGUACAGCAGCUGUCUGUUCCAGGGUUACGGCGUGCUGGCAGAUCCACCUUCGAUAAUACGCACGGUAGCUAAGGCGGAUAGUUUCAUCAUUUUAGACUGGAACAAACCAAACCGGUUGGCUGAAACUAUAAGUACCUACCAUGUGAAGUUUAGGCGGCUGGGAGAAGGCGACGACUAUCUGACAGUAGUGAAGAAAAACCCACCACUCAUACUGGAAGGUCUCGAACCCGAAGUCUAUUACGAAUUCUAUGUAGUCUCAGUGAACCAAUAUGGUAAGAGUGAACCUUCGCCACGGCUCAUCACACGCACGCAGCCCGCUGAAGCGGUGGAUGAGCCAGAACAGCGCUACAAUAUGACAAAAUGCUGUCAGGCUUCCGGUCUGUUACCACAAUGCGCGCCACUCUGCUCGUACAAUAUAAAAUUGUCGGAUAUUGAAAAACUCGGACCGGCGUGUAGAGCGCAAAUGCCUGUCAUUGUACGCUGUGCCGCCGGCGGACGCGACCAUACGCCCUGCUGUCAGCGUCGCGGCGUACCCACUGCUUGCAUGUCCAUCUGUCGCGGCGUCAUGCCGCUUGCCGCCAAUGGUGGUGGCAGCAAUAGUGGCGCCUUGAGUGGCAGCAGUUAUAGCGGCAACAACGGUACGACCUCCAGUGAUUGUUUAUCUUAUGCGGGCAAUAUCUUGCAGUGCAUCGAAGAGGGCACCGAAAGCAUACCCGGCCCUGCUGAAGAUGUCCACGCCACGGCAGUAACAAACACAACCAUCAAUCUAACCUGGCGGCAACCAGGCUACGAGGCAAGCGCUUCUACAUCCACCGCACCCGCAGCCGCAUCAUCACCAGCACCAGUCAAUGAAGAAGAUUCCUAUAGCAGCGCGAAUAAUGGCGACAGCAGCAAAUCCUCCACCACUAAUGACAUUGCCACGGCCAGCGAUGCGUCCACUGCUGCUGCUACCACAGCUGAUGAUGAUAUCGAUUUUAUCGUGCAAUAUGGCAAAGUCAAUAACAUGACCCUCUAUGAGACGGUGGCAAAACUGGAAAAUGAAUUGACCACAAACGAGACCGGCAUUGUACUGACAAAUUUGGAGCCGCACGCAUUGUAUCGCAUUACGGUGGUGACGCGCGGACGCUAUGGCACAGCUUUGCCAUCUUCGAUGUUGCUGAUCAAUACGACUGAUGAUGAGAAUGCUAAAUUCAGCAAUAGUACCUUUGGUGCGCCCUCACCGCCACAUUCGCUGUCGAUUACAUCACACAGCGCAACCUGGAUGCAAUUGACAU